AUGACGGACGAACUGGGCAAAUCAGCCCCCAUCCAAGGCGAUAAUCCACUUGACUUCAUUCGUGUCGACACGGUUACUCAUGAAAAACCGGGAGCGUUGGGAUAUAAAUACAGCGUUCACAUCAUUGACAUCGACACGAACUUCCACUGGGUCAAAUACACCAGCACAAAGGGUCAGAUCUUCGACCUGUUGAAGGACUGGGUGGUCAUGGUUCACACCCAGACAGGUGCCCACAAGAGGCCUUUGCGAAAGGUGUCGGCAUGCCAAAGUCGACAUGGACGCCACACAUCACCCACUUUCGAGCCUACUUUUGCGAGGCGUAUUACUACGUCAAACCGAACAUACCGGGUCCAAUCCGACAAGUUUGCCGCGCGCGCCGAGAAAGGACGUCUGAUCGGUUACGCUGACCUGCAUCGGCAAAAUAUACUGGAUUUGGGAAUCCGAAGACCGGGAAGAUCAUUCGCGCCAGCGCAGUCAAGUUCAACGAAAGGCCCAGACUUUGUUCCUGACGAAGAUGUCGGAACGGAUGUCGAAUACGAAGCAGUUUUUACCGACACGACAACGCAAGAAGAAGAAGAAGCGGUCGUGGAAAAACAAGACUGGGUGACAAUUACCCAUCCGGAUCAAACAACAACAACAACGAUUAGCCUUCAGGGGGGGGAUUCCACUGCGACAGAAAAUGAACUGCCCGCAAUCGAGAACGAACCUCAACAGAGCGACGAAACAACGGAAAUGCAGAAAGAAAAACAUGUCGCUCAAUUACCGACUCCAGAGGCCACUCCAGAACCAACGCUUGAUGCGGAGGAUCGCAUGGAGAUUGGGAGAGAUCUUCCAGUGCCAAUUAACCAUUUGUCGCCAGGAAUUGGCAAUUUGGUGACCGACGAACCCGGAACAGUGGCACCGACUACGUUGUCGACCCGCCCGCGGCGCCAAAAGGCUAAAUACGGUACCGGCACAGAGGAAGGUUAUUAUGCUAAAUUGAGCAGGGGUGAAUUGCCGGGACAGUCGUUUUAUGCGGCGCACCUGGAUAUCCCUGAACCCGACGAACCAACAAUUGGCAUGGCGCUUUCAAGUGUGAAGGUCGAGAACGACAUUGCGCAAUACCUGCAACCCCAAAUACCGAAGAACCAUCGACAGGCGAAACGCCUUGAGAACUACAAGGAUUACUGGCUCAAGGCGAUGUUGAAACAAGAUGCCAGCUUGCGCGACAAAAGAAGUCUACGAAUUGAUUCCGAAACGCCCAGGCAUGACGAUUUUGCCGAGCAAAUGGCGUUCUUGAACACGCCGAUUCCGAAGGGCAUCGACUAUUACGUUGAGCCCCCAGAAGGUUUGGACAUUCCGCCUGACAUGGCACUCGAAACAGAUGCCUGUUUGUUUCGACACAAACGCUACGACAUUCUUCUGGUGCUUUACGUCGACGAUCUUUUGAUUGCGGCGCCCUCGACCGCCAUGAUCCACACGGUCCGCGACGAAAUUAUCAAGCAGUUCGAAUUGAAAGAACUCGGCCCGGUGAAACGGUUCCUGGGCUUCGACAUCGUCCGCGAUCGCAAACAAAAGAAGAUCUUCGUAUCACAAGAAAGCUACACACGGGCAUUACUGGCAAAGAGAGAAAUGUCAGACUGCCAUCCGACGCCAACACCGUGGCCCAGUAAAAUGGAAUUGCCGGCGACAUGGGAACCAGUGAUGAAACGCCAGAAGGCGUAUAUCAAAGAUACCGGCUCCCUCAAUUGGCUUGCGUGUGGUACAAGACCCGACAUCGCGUAUACCGUUUCGAGGCUGGCGGAGGCCAACGCUGGCCCAUCACAAGCGCACCUGGACCUACUUAAGCAUGUGUUUCGAUAUCUGAAAGGCACAACGGAUCUCGGCAUUGAGUUCGGCGGCGACGAAAUUAGCUGCGACGACAUGCGAAUGAUGGCGUUUGCGGAUGCAUCGCUAGCCGACCGACUACCAUCACGACAAUCGACAGGAGGCCAUUCGGUCUUCCUUGCCGGGGCACCAGUACUCUGGAAGUCAAAGAAACAAACCUUCGUCGCAUUGAGUACGACGGAAGCCGAAUUUACCAACUUGACACCCACCGCAUUGUCGACAAUGUGGGUGUCGCAGAUCUUGAAGGACUGUGGCAUUCCACAGAAGAUACCGACAGUGAUUUUUACGGACAGCAACAACGCGUACAAAACGGUACUUAACCCGAUGAACAGAGCGCGCACACGGACGAUUGAUAUCCGCUACAAGUGGAUAAUUGAGAAGGUUCAGAAAGGAGAGUUGAGUGUCAACCAUUUGCCCGGGGCACAGAUGCCAGCCGACGGUUUGACAAAGCCGUUAUCGAAGGAGAAACACGCGGCAUUUGUGGGGAUGAUGGGCAUGAGAGCGAAGAAGAUUCCGUGGGCGAAGUAA